CGUCAUCACCGUACCUCAUCUUCCCCCGCACAUCACACACCACAACAGCAAACACACAACCACCAUGGUUCUCGGAACGGACGGCCUCUCUCUUGCGAGGUACAUCUCGCAGUCUCCCGUCCUCAUGCGCUUCAUCCGCCCAGUGGCGAAUGCGUACGCUAGGGCGGCGGGUUACAGGCAGUUGGGGUUGAAGUACGAUGAUUUGAUCAUCGAGGAGAACAAGACUGUGCAGAAGGCAAUCUCCCGUAUGGGCGAGCGCGAGUCAUACGACCGUGCCUUCCGCUUGCGCCAAGCGGUCCAGCAGUCGAUCCUGCAUCGCGACCUGCCCAAGGACAAGUGGGUCACCAAGGAGGAGGACAUCCGCUACCUCACGCCCUACAUCAAGGAGAUCAGCGACGAGGAGGCGGAGCGAUCCGCUUGGGACACGAUCAAGGUCAAGAAGGGGGGACACUAGAUGGGAGUCAAGAGUAGGUGGUGUGCCGG